CAAUUUCUAUUAGAAAAACAUAUUUCCACGAAUAAAUCAUCAUUCGGGGGGUUAUACGCAGAAAGUCCGUCUUCAAUCUGCCGGUUUCGAUUCAACAGCUCGUCUUUUUCCCCGCUCUGUCUCCUUCCACUACUUUCGACUCCACAAGCCCAAACCCUAAUCUUCGCCUCCUCGGCAGAACCCUAAAGCCGUUAACUCUCCGGCGAGCUCCUCCCGCUAAUGUUGAGAAGAACCGAGUGCGAGAUUUGGGAGAAUCGAUUCGCGCCAUAAAUUUGAGAGCAGAUCUCAAGUUUUCUAUCAAAUUAGGGUUUCGAUCCCGAAGAAUAUUAAGGAGAUGGAAGAAGGGAGAGAAGAAGCAGCAGCAGCGGAAGAGGUUCUCUACGAGAUCCGCCAGCACGCCGAGAGGCCUUUCUCUUCAGAUUCAUUCAGAGAAGAGGUUGGCAGGAGUUCUGCUGGGGGUUGGCGAUCGUAUCUUUCAUUUCAAGGUGCCAAACAGCUUAAAGAGAAAUGGACUCGAUAUAAACGGCCGAGAUUAUUCACCAAAAGGACGUCUCUGUUUGUUUCACCAAAUGGUGAAUACAUUGCAAUAGCCUGCAGAAAUCAAAUCACUAUUUUGCAGAAGGGCGAUAACUAUAUGCAUCCCACUGGCAUCUUUACAAGUAAUGACAGACUGACUGCUUUUGCUGGUGGAGCUUGGCUGGAAUCUCAGGGUAUCCUUGGGGUAAUUGAUGAAAUGAGUACCCUUUUCCUUAUCAAAUCAAGUGGAGAGGAACUAGUGAGAAGAAGCAGUAGCCAGUUAAAACUGUCUGCACCUAUUAUUGACCUGAUUGUUCAGGAUGAUGUCAGGUUGGAAAAAUCUUUCUGGUCUGGUUUCUAUAUUUUUACAGAGGAUGCGUUGCUUCAUCAUGUUGAUAUCUUCCUUGAUCCAACUGCUUGCAUUUAUCAAGUUCCAACUUCAAGUAGAUUCUUAACAGACAAGAAGCAGUUUCCUCACAAAGUGUUCUGUUUGGACUUCCAUUCAAGUCUUUCUUUUGGUGUGCUGGUUGGUGCUUCUAGUGUCUCGGAAAAUUCUAGUGAUGAUUCUGGUUUCUAUUUUGUUUUUCUUUUUCGCCUGACAACAAAUUUGGAGCUUGAGUUGUUGUUCUGCAGUCCUCAAUUUAAAGGUCUCUUUGUAGCUUCAAAUAGUGACAAUGGUCCUUUUACCUCGCCCAAAGUGGCGAUCUCACCCCAUGCAAAGCAUGUUGCUGUACUCAAUUUGUCUGGGGGAAUAGAUUUAUUUAACCUGGAUGCUGAAAAAUUCUCACUAUCCAAUAUUUCUUUUGCUGAGACUCAGCAUUCUAACAUAGCUGAUAGUUUGACACAUACUAGUAAGGAAUCCAUACAGAGUAUUGUUGACAUCAGCUGGUGGACUGAUCAUAUUCUUAUUCUUGCAAAGAGGGAAGGCAACAUUUCCAUCUAUAACAUCAUUAGUGGUGUAAAAGUUAUUGAGAAUGAUCCAGUAUUUUCUAUGCCUGCUAUUGAGAGAAUGAAGCAUCAUGAAGGACAUGUAUUUGUUCUGGAGAGCAGCAAGUUGUCUGAUGAGAAUAUAUCACUCUCUGAGCCAGCAAAAAGCAAAAAUAUGCAGCAAACCAAGCCAAUGUCUUCUAUAACCGCGAAUCAGCUUGACAAUGACAAAUUUUACUGGAGGUUGAUGUCAUUAUCUGGGAAAUCUGUUUCAGAGAUGUAUACUGUUCUAAUCAGCAAUCAACAAUACCAGUGUGCAUUGGAAUUUGCCAGUCGUCACAAGCUGGACAAAAAUGAAGUUUUCAAAGAACAGUGGCUGCAUUCUGAUCAAGGUAUCCAUGACAUAGAUGUGAUUUUGCCAAAAAUUACGGAUCAAAUGUUUGUACUAUCUGAAUGUUUAGAUAAAGUUGGACCAAGUGAAGAUAUUGUGAAGGCUCUACUUUCUUAUGGGCUUCGUAUAACUGAUGAGUACAAGUUCUUGGACUUGGAUGAUGGUCAAUCAAACACAGUCUGGGAUUUUUGGGUUAUUAGGCUUCAGCUCCUACAAUAUAGAGACAAGCUGGAAACAUUUAUGGGGAUAAAUAUGGGAAGGUUUUCUAUGCAAGAAUACAGAAAAUUUCGUGCUAUUCCUCUUUAUGAAGCAGCUAUAAGUCUAGCUGAAAGUGGAAAAAUUGGAGCUCUUAACCUUCUUUUCAAACGUCAUCCGUAUUCUCUCUCCCCUAAAAUAUUAGACAUUUUAUCUGCUAUACCUGAAACAGUUCCAGUUCAGUCAUAUGGUCAGCUGCUUCCUGGGAGGUCACCUCCUAGUACCAUUGCUUUAAGGGAAAGCGAUUGGGUUGAAUGCGAAAAGAUGAUCUCCUUUAUAAACAACAUGCCUAGCAAUUCCGAGAAGUGUAUCCAACUAAGAACUGAAAAUAUCCUCAAACAGUCUCUGGGCUUUGUCUGGCCAUCAACUGCUGAACUCUCAGAAUGGUACAUAAAGAGAACAAGGGAUAUUGAUAACUUGAGUGGCCAGCUCGACAACUGCCUUUCUCUGCUAGAGUUUGCAUACUGCAAGGGUAUGGUGGAGCUGCAGAACUUCCUUGAGGACACAUCAUAUUUGCAUCAACUAAUUUAUUCUGAUAGUUGUGAAGAAGAUUUCAGUAUGAGUCUUAUUGCAUGGGAACAGUUGUCAGACUAUGAGAAAUUCAGAAUUAUGCUUAAGGGUGUGAAAGAGGACACUGUAGUGAAAAGACUUAAUGACACAGCUGUCCCAUUUAUGAAACAGCGGUGUUUCUUUAAACCAGUAGAUUCUAGAGAUAAGAUGGAAGAGAAUCAAGGUUUUCCACAUCAGGAUGAGAAAGAUUCAUUUGUCGUUAGAUGGUUGAAGGAGAUUGCUGCAGACAAUCUGUUAGAAAUAUGCUUGGCAGUUAUUGAAAAUGGAUGUGGGGAUUUCCCAGUUGAUGGCCUUUUCAAAAAUGAAGUUGAAAUAGUUGAAACUGCACUCCAUUGCAUCUAUCUUUGCACUCUUAUAGAUCAGUGGAAUACAAUGGCAUCCAUUUUGUCAAAGCUUCCAAGGAAAACACUAAGACAUAACAGCAGCAAGGAGUUCAAUACAAGGCAUGGUACACAGAGUCUGGGAACACCUAGAUUCUCUUACUUGAGAAGCCAACUUGGAAGGUCUGAGAUGCAAUUAAGUUCAACAAAUUCACUUGAGGGAGAGCGUGCAUCACAAAAUUCUAGAGGCUCUGUGGACCAUUUAGAUAGUGAUGCAUCUGAUGAUAUAGAGAGGAGAAUAAAUAUUGCCGAAGGCCAUGUAGAAGUGGGAAGACUUUUGGCCUUCUACCAGGUGCCAAAACCGAUAAGCUUCUUUUUAGGUGCGCAAUCUGAUGAGAAGAAUGUGAAACAACUUCUUCGACUUAUUUUAUCUAAAUUUGGCCGCCGGCAACCAGGUAGAUCAGAUAAUGAUUGGGCCAACAUGUGGCGUGAUAUGCAAUCUUUUCGGGAAAAGGCAUUUCCUUUUCUUGAUUCAGAGUAUAUGCUAACUGAAUUUUGUAGAGGGCUUUUAAAAGCUGGUAAAUUCUCACUUGCAAGGAACUAUCUGAAAGGGACGAGUUCCAUUGCUUUGCAAACAGAGAAAGCUGAAAAUUUAGUUGUUCAAGCUGCAAGGGAGUAUUUCUUCUCAGCUUCAAGUCUUGCUUGCACCGAAAUCUGGAAGGCCAAGGAGUGUUUAAAUCUUUUCCCAAAUAGCAAGAUCGUUCAGAUAGAGGCUGAUAUCAUCGAAGCUCUCACCACUAGACUUCCAAAUCUUGGAGUGACUCUCCUACCCAUGCAAUUUAAGCAGAUAAGAAAUCCCAUGGAAAUCAUUAAUAUGGUAAUUUCUAGCCAACCUGGAGCUUACCUUAAUGUGGAUGAACUCAUUGAAAUCGCCAAACUUCUAGGACUAACCUCUCAAGAAGAUAUAGCAUCUGUAGAAGAAGCAAUCGCUAGAGAAGCUGCUGUAGCAGGCGAUCUACAAUUGGCUUUUGAUCUUUGUCUAGUGUUGGCUAGAAAGGGCCAUGGGCCAAUAUGGGACUUAUGUGCUGCAAUUGCCAGGGGUCCCCAUCUUGACAAUAUGGAUUCAAGUUCCCGAAAGCAGCUUUUGAGUUUCGCUUUGAGCCAUUGUGAUGAGGAAUCUAUUGGGGAAUUGCUUCAUGCAUGGAAGGAUUUUGAUAUCCAUAUGCAAUGUGAGAAUCUUAUGGUUUCAACUCGAACAAGUCCUCCGAAUUUUUCUGUAAAGGGAUCCUCGAUAAUGCCACUCUCUGCACAGAGUGUCCAAGAUAUAUUUGAUCUAAGAGAUAAUUCUAGACAUGUGGAGCAUGUCACCGAUUUUCAUGGGAGUGUGAGUGAUGAUGAUCACUUCAAUAACAUCAAGGACAUACUUUUCAAGGUUGGCAAGGAGUUGUCAUUUGAUGAAGACGGGAUUAAUUGGGAUUCUCUCUUAAGAGAAAACAGAAAAGUUUUAUCAUUUGCUGCACUGGAGCUUCCUUGGCUCAUGGAGUUGAGUAGGAAAGAAGAAUAUGGUAAGAAGGCGGUUCAGGGUUCAGAAAUUCUUCCUGGAGGACAUUAUAUCUCCAUACGAACUCAAGCAUUGAUCAGUAUUCUUUAUUGGUUGGCUGAUAAUGAUAUUGCUCCAAGUGAUGAUCUCAUGGCCUCUAUUGCAAAGUCUAUUAUGGAACCCCCUGUAAGCACAGAGGAGGAUGUUCUAGGAUGCUCAUUUCUACUGAAUCUUGUUGAUGCUUUUCAGGGCGUCGAAAUAAUUGAACAACAAUUGAAAGAUAGGAAAGGAUAUCAGGAGAUGUUCAGCAUCAUGAAUGUAGGGAUGGUGUAUAGCUCACUGCAAAAUUCACACAAAGAAUGCGCAACCCCUGAUGAGAGACGGAAUCUCUUGAUUCACAAAUUUCAAGAGAAGCACACAUCAUUUAUUUUUGAUGAACUUGAACACAUUGAGAAAGCACAAUCAACAUUCUGGAGAGAGUGGAAAGCAAAAUUGGAAGAGCAGAAACAUUUAGCUGAUCAAGCAAGAAAUCUGGAGCAAAUAAUUCCUGGGAUAGAAACUGCCCGCUUUUUAUCUGGUGAUGCUGAGUACAUCAAGGCUGUUGUUUUUUCCUUCAUUGAUUCGGUAAAGACAGAGAAAAAUCACAUUCUCAAGGAAGCAGUUAAACUUGCUGAUACCUACGGCUUGAAUCGCAAUGAGGUUCUACUACGGUUUUUUGGCUCCGUUCUUGUUUCUGACCAGUGGAGGAAUGAUGAUAUUCUAGCAGAAAUCUCAGAGUUCAGAGAAACCAUAGUGAAGUGUGCUAAGGAGGUCAUUAUCAUGAUUUCAUCAGUUGUCUAUCCUGAAAUUGAUGGUCACAACAAGCAGCGACUUUCAUACAUUUAUGGCAUCCUUUCGGCCUGCUAUUUGCACUUGAGGAAAACUGAAGAGCCAGCAUUAAUGGAACUGACCCACCAGUAUCUACACCAUAAGAAGCAUAAUUUGGAGCCAUUUCAGUUUUACAAGGUUAUUGAACAAGAAUGUCAAAGGGUGUCUUUCAUCAGUGAAUUGGACUUUAAAAACAUUGCUGGACUAGAUGAUUUGAACUUUGGGCAUAUCAAUGAAGAAGUAUCCAUUAACAUCCGUGAUUCUACUAUAGAAGCUCUGGCGGAUAUGGUACGGGCCCUUGGCAGCAUCUACAGUGAUUCUGAAGCAAUUGUCCACAUCAUGUCAUGGCAGGAUGUUUAUAAGCAUCACAUUCAAAGUUGCUUAGCUCACCUGGAGAGUGAAAGUAGUGUGGAUCCAGAUGAGUUGCCAGAACUAGUAGGAAAAAUUGAAGCUAACUAUGAUGUUUGCAAUAAAUAUAUCAAAUCACUUGAAGAAGAUGACCAGUCCUACAUUAUUGAGAGAUAUUGCAAACUCUGUCUUCCGUCUGGCAGUCCGUCAUUUAAAAAUUCAAAUGAAUCUGCAAAGAGAGGUUGUCUUAUUGUGCUCAUGAGCUUUUGGAUCAAAAUGGCUGAUGAUGAAGGCUUUGAUAGAAAGCACCUAGCAAGAUGUCUCAAGGUACUGAAAAAGUUAGUGACAGAAAAUGAAAUAUCAACAGACUGUGGGUGGAGCAUGAUUACUGGCUAUGUUAAACUGGGUCUCAAGGGUGGUCUGACUGCAGACAUCUCAAGUUUCUUUCAAGCCAUGAUUUUCUCGGGCUGUGGGUUCAAUUUUGUUGCUAAAGUAUACUCUGAAGCUGAAUUAUACGCAACAAGCUUAACUUUGGAUGGAAAGCUUAAGAAUCUUGUAGAUCUUUAUGUAUAUUUGAUGGAGAAAUCUUUACUAGACCUGAGCAGAGGCUGUGAAGAGCACAAGGACCUGCAUUAUCUGCUAGCGUCUCUGAGCAGGCUAGAAGAUGGUGACUAUGCAGAAGAUCUUAAUCUGAUCAGAUGCCGAGUUUGGGGCAAGUUGACUGCCUUUUCUGAUGACAUGCAAUUGGGAAGCCAUUUGCGCGUCUAUGCUUUGGAACUAAUGCAAGCCAUCACUGGACAGAACCUGACAAAUCUUCCCACCGAAAUUGCUUCAGUGGUCCAGACAUGGGAAGGAUGGGAACAAGCAUGCUUCACACCCAGAGAUCUGACCACAACGGAAAGAGCUGACGGUUCUGGCAGUAGUAUCACAAGCACUUUAGUGGCAUUGAAAUCAACUAGGUUGGUUGCCAUGAUCUCCCCAGACAUCAAGAUUACUCCUGAGGAUCUAGUCACCCUUGACUCAGCAGUCUCUUGUUUCUUACAUUUAUCUGAAAUGGCUACUUCACUGCCUGAUCUCAAUAUCUUGCAGUCUGUUUUAGAGGAAUGGGAAGCAUUGUAUAGUUCAAACAGGACACAGGUAAACAAGGAGAAGUUCACAAGUGUUGAAUCAUCGACUGAAGAAUUUGACGACUGGAGCGGUGAUGAGUGGGACAAUGAGGGUUGGGAGAACCUUCCAGAGGAAGAGCUUGGGAAAACUGAAGAAAUUAAGGAUGAUACCUAUUCUACUCGAGUCCUCCACUGUUGCUGGAUGGAGAUCAUCAGAAAGCUCGUUGGGCUUUCAGAGUUCAAACUGGUAAUUGAAAUUCUGGACAGAUCAUUUUCAAAGUCUGACGGAGUUGAUGUAUUGCUGGACGAAGAUGAAGCCCAGUGCUUGUAUAAACUCGUAGUUCAAGUUGAUUGUUUCAUGGCAUUGAAGAUGUUACUAUUACUUCCUUAUAGAGGGCCUUGGUUACAAUGCUUACACGUGGUUGAGGCUACCCUUAAUGAUGGGGGACGAAGUCCCAAGAAUGCAUCCGUUCGUGUAGACCAUGGUUAUGAACUUCUGAUUCUUGUGUUGUCAUCUGGAGUCCUGGGAAACAUUGCUACAGAUCCAACUCUUUCUAAGGUGUUCUCUUAUCUAUGCCAUUCGGUGGGAUAUCUUACUCACCAUUGUCAGGAAUAUUUGCAUAGUAAUAAAGACAGUUUGGAUCAAAAAAAUGUGCAACAUUUUUGCAAGAUACUGUUGCCAUGUUUCGUAUCCCAGCUUGUGGACUUAGGGCAGUGUUUAUUAGCUGGGUUUAUAGUAUCUCAAUGGACACACACCCACUGUUCUCUUGGUCUUAUUGAUGUUGUAGAUGCCGUUCUUCGAAAGUAUUUGGAAGGGCAAUUCCUCAUAACUGUAGGUGGUGAGUCUGCUGGUCUUGGAGAACUGGAGUUAUCUGGGUCCUUGGUCUAUACGUUAUCAAGAUUGAGAAGGAAGUUAGGGAGCAUGCUGCAGUCUGCGGUCUCAGCUCUUCCAUCAGAUAUCCAAAGACAUGACUUUGUUUAAUUUCAUGGGGGGGUUGAACAGAUAUGUUAUGCAAAAGAGUUCUAACUGGUUAUUAUCUUUGUUGCGCUUGUCUUCCUUUUUGAUGAAAUUUGCAGUCAUCUCCUAUACUAAUGCAUUAUUAAACAGUUUGCUUAUGUAAUUUUUAAUUGUUUUUUCUGCAAAUAUCUUUUGAUAUUUGACAAUCUUAGACACAUGUCCUAACUGGUUGUUCGUAAACCUUAUUAUAAUAGCGUAAACUGUAAAGGCAUUGCUGUUGUUUACAUGAUAAUCCGAUCGAUACUGCAGA